ACUACACUUCCCGGCGGCAAUUUUAAUCCCGGCCGGCGCAUGCGCAGAGAACUGUGAACGGAAAGUCGGAAACUCCGCGCUCUCUCUCUCUCCCCGGGGCCCGGGCUUGUACUGCGAACGGCGGGCGGCCUGCAGGUGCCGGCGGUAUGGAGGAGGCGGAGCUCGGUGACCCGGUGAGGCCCGUGGAUGAGCAGGAGACGGUGACCGUGACAUCCCUGGGCCUCCUGGCCACCGACACCAGCGGGCACAUCCCUGGGGGCAACAAAGUCCCGUGGAACGGGAAUGAGGCGGGGGAGGACAGGCAGACCGGGGGGGACGAGCAUAUGAUUAGUCUCGCUGACCUGAAUCCCUACAUUCUGUGCUCAAUAUGUAAAGGUUACUACAUUGAUGCCACUACCAUAACGGAAUGUCUCCACACAUUUUGUAAGAGUUGUAUAGUGAGGCAUUUUUACUACAGCAACCGAUGUCCUAAGUGCAACAUUGUGGUACAUCAAACACAGCCCCUUUACAAUAUAAGGUUGGACAGACAAUUACAGGACAUAGUGUUCAAAUUAGUUGUCCAUUUGGAAGAACGUGAAAAAAAGCAAUUGUGCGAUUUCUACAGAGAAAGAGGUCUUGAAGUCCCUAAACCUACUGUGCCACAACCAAUCUCCACCUGUCGGGGAAGACCAAGGAAAUUAAUAGGACCUUUGUUCCAUAUCCCACCAGAACUGGAUGUGUCCUUACUUCUGGAGUUCAUGGGGGCUGAAGAAGGUACAGGCAGCUACAAGCCUUUGGAGAAAAAAUUUGUUCGUGUAUCAGGAGACGCAACCAUUGGGCAUGUUGAAAAAUUCUUACGACGAAAAAUGGAACUUGCCACAACUUGUCAGGUGGACAUUAUAUGUGGAGACCACUUGUUGGAGAACUAUCAGACAUUAAGGGACAUUCUGUCUGCAAUUGGGAAAAGUGCACUUCAGGACAAGAUGAAAAAGGUUGUCUGCAGUACAGAGGAUGGUCUGCUGGUUCUUCACUACGGCCUCGUCCUGUCUCAAUUAUCGUUGACUUGAAGUCAUUGGCUGUGAAUAAAGUAGACUGCAGGAACGUCUGUUUCACACCUAGCCUUGCCUCAGUGAAGGAAGCCGUCAGGGAACACCAAGAUUCAGGACGAGAGCGAUGACUGUUCUACCCCAUGUGGUGCCAUCUCUUAGUGGGGUUACUGGCAUCCUCUGCUUGUGUAACCUUUCACAGGUUCUAAUUUCAUAACAGCGGCCUUGUCAUGCCGGUCAGAUAAAACAAUCAGCUUUGUACAUACAAUGUAAAUUAUUGUUACUGGGUCUUUGUAAACCAAAUAUUGAGUUAUAUGAGAGAGUAUAUAAUUUUAUAUUGCAAAAGCAGUUUAAACUGAACUUGGUUGCUGACGGUAGUAUAUAGGAAAGCAUUGGUAAGUUGCAACAUGAUUAUUAAUACAACAUGGAGUCUUUUCAUUACAGAAAUAUAUAUAUUCUGAAAACAGUAUUCUGAUGCAGGUUGAAUAAUGCUACGUAUGGUGUGGACAUGAGUGCACUAUAUAUCCCUGAUCUGUAGAGACAUAAAAUAAAGCUGUUUUCAUCAUA